CGCGCUGGGGAAGGAGGGCUAUGCUAAUGUUGUUGAUAUCCUGGGGCCACCCGAGUUAAAGGGGGGGAAAUCCGGGGGCUUGCCACUGCCGCCACUGGCCCGGGGGCCCAGCUGGGGGUACCCCCCCCCGUGUAGUCGCCCCAAGUCCCCGGGAGAGGCGCCCGCCCCCUGCUCGCGGGGGGGAGGGGGCGCCGCAGGCUUGGGGAGCACGGCCGGCCCCUACCCAUGAGGCCCUGAUGGAAAACACAAAGGAUCUGAGUCGGAAGAGACACUAGAAGUCACCCAAAGCAGCUGCCCCUGCCCAGCUUCUGACGAGUGACAGAACAUUCUUCACAAUCCAAAAGAAAAAGAAGACUCUUUCGGGAUGUUUGACGGCUAUGACAGCUGCAGUGAGGACACAAGUAGCAGCUCCAGCUCUGAGGAGAGUGAAGAAGAAGUUGCUCCUUUACCUUCCAGUCUCCCAAUUAUCAAAAAUAAUGGGCAAGUCUACACAUACCCAGAUGGUAAAUCUGGCAUGGCUACCUGUGAGAUGUGUGGGAUGGUCGGUGUACGAGAUGCUUUUUACUCUAAAACGAAACGUUUCUGCAGUGUUUCUUGUUCAAGAAGUUACUCGUCGAACUCUAAGAAGGCAAGCAUUCUGGCCAGACUUCAGGUAACGGGUAAGCCUCCAACAAAGAAAGCAAAAGUCCUUCAGAAACAACCUUUAGUUGCUAAAUUAGCUGCCUAUGCUCAGUAUCAAGCUACCUUGCAAAAUCAAGCAAAGACAAAAGCAGGUAAUUCUGCAGUCUCCGUGGAAGGCUUCAGCUGGGGUAACUACAUCAACAGCAACAGCUUCCUAGCCGCUCCAGUAGCCUGUUUUAAGCAUGCACCUAUGGGGACCUGCUGGGGUGAUAUCUCAGAAAAUGUAAGGAUAGAAGUUCCCAAUACAGACUGCAGUCUACCUACCAAAGUCUUCUGGAUUGCUGGAAUUAUAAAAUUAGCAGGUUAUAAUGCCCUUUUGAGAUAUGAAGGAUUUGAAAAUGAUUCUUCUCUGGAUUUCUGGUGCAAUAUAUGUGGGUCUGAUAUUCAUCCAGUUGGUUGGUGUGCAGCCAGUGGAAAACCUCUUGUUCCUCCUAGAACUGUUCAACAUAAAUACACAAACUGGAAAGCUUUUCUAGUAAAAAGACUUACUGGUGCCAAAACACUUCCUCCUGACUUCUCACAAAAGGUUUCGGAGAGUAUGCAGUAUCCUUUCAAACCUUGUAUGAGAGUAGAAGUAGUUGACAAGAGGCAUUUAUGUCGAACAAGAGUAGCAGUGGUGGAAAGUGUAAUUGGAGGAAGACUAAGGUUAGUGUAUGAAGAGAGUGAGGACAGAACGGAUGACUUCUGGUGCCACAUGCACAGCCCCUUAAUCCACCAUAUUGGAUGGUCUCGAAGCAUAGGCCAUCGAUUCAAAAGAUCUGAUAUUACAAAGAAACAAGAUGGGCAUUUUGAUACACCACCACACUUAUUUGCAAAGGUGAAAGAAGUGGACCAGAGUGGAGAAUGGUUCAAAGAAGGAAUGAAAUUGGAAGCUAUAGACCCAUUAAAUCUUUCUACAAUAUGUGUUGCAACCAUUAGAAAGGUGCUGGCUGAUGGAUUCCUGAUGAUUGGGAUCGAUGGCUCAGAAGCAGCAGACGGAUCUGACUGGUUCUGUUACCAUGCAACCUCUCCUUCUAUUUUCCCUGUGGGUUUCUGUGAAAUUAACAUGAUAGAACUGACUCCACCCAGAGGUUACACAAAACUUCCUUUUAAAUGGUUUGACUACCUCAGGGAAACCGGCUCCAUUGCAGCACCAGUAAAACUAUUUAAUAAGGAUGUUCCAAAUCACGGGUUCCGUGUAGGAAUGAAAUUAGAAGCUGUAGAUCUCAUGGAGCCACGUUUAAUAUGUGUAGCCACAGUUACUCGAAUUAUUCAUCGUCUCUUGAGGAUACAUUUUGAUGGAUGGGAAGAAGAGUAUGAUCAAUGGGUAGACUGUGAGUCCCCUGACCUCUAUCCUGUAGGGUGGUGUCAGUUAACUGGAUAUCAACUACAGCCUCCAGCAUCACAGUCAUCAAGAGAAAGCCAGUCAGCUUCAUCAAAGCAGAAGAAAAAGGCUAAGUCUCAGCAAUACAAAGGACAUAAGAAAAGUAUUGAAGAAGUGACAUCGUCUUAGCUGUAAAGUUGAUAGAGCGUGAAGAUGAACAACCAGGGCAUUCCAGAAGACUUGGUAACACCCGUGCAUUUCUGUCUGUCUCAUACAGUGACCACGUCGCAGCUAAAGGAGGAGCUGCUAGAUGGAGAGGAUUAUAGCUUCCUUCAAGGAGCAUCUGACCAAGAGAGCAAUGGCUCUGCCACCGUCUACAUCAAACAAGAGCCCUGAGGUGGCUCAGAAACUAAGGGUGGGAGGGGCUGUUUACAGGACUGAUUUGUAGUCAUCUGGCUGCACAGCAGGCUAUUCUACUGGGACAUUUUGCUAAACACAGAAAAGUUCAGUUCCAGAUUUUUCAGGUGGGGGGAAACUAUUUUGGUGGGGGGGGCAAUUUUUCAAUUUAUAAAGAUGGACGAUUUUUGUGUUGUAUUUGAAGCUUUUGAAAGAAUUUUGUAAUAUUUUCCAAGUUUGGAUUUAUGUGCAUUGUUAACAAGAACUGAAAUUCUAACUUUUUUGGUAAGAUAAAAGUUUAGGUAGCAGAAUUGAAGGAGAUGAUUAAGAAGGAUAUAGCUGUAAAUGCAAAUGAACUGUCAUUACAAAUGAACCUUCUUGGUACCUGUUGGGAGAUUUUUGGAUUUUAGAGUUAGGCCAGUCACAUCUCCAGCUUCUCUUGCUGUGGAAAUAUGCAACUGAACCCCUCACAGAGGGCUCAUCACCAUGUAGAUCACGGAAGGGGUCAUUAAUUGUUCUCGCUGACAUUUUAUUGCAGCCCAUUUAAAUGUUUGUACAGAAAUGUUUUCAUUCUGCUAAAAUGUAUUUGGAGUUGUAUAUGAAACUAGGAGAACUCUGGAUACUUUUAUAUGCUCUCCUUCAAGAAAGAAUGAUUAAAAUUUUUCUAACACUAAAGUGUUAAACUGGAAUGGUUAACAAGAUAGACAGGAUUUCAGUCUACAUAAGGGGUUGGGGAAAAUGAAUAUUUUCCUAAGUUUAUUCUGUUUUCCUUGCUAGUGAACAUCCCACAAAAGGGAAUUUGUAUCAGACCUCUGCCAUUUCCCUCCGUCUGUGAGAGAGCAACUACACCUGAAAACAGAUGUUGUUCUGUAUUACCAAGAAAAUCAAAUGAAAAUUUUGCUAAUGAAAAUAAGUGUAGAUUUCAGAAUCAUUCCAGCUCCACUUUUAACUGUCCUGGAUUUGUUAGAAACUGAUUUGAAAGUAAACUUAAUUUUCUUUAAAUUCCAUAUAUAUAUACACACGUACAUACAUUAUGAAUUGUCUUUAAUUGUAGUCAGAAUUUAUUUUAACAGUAACUGAUUUGGACCAUUUUAAACAUUCCCUAUUUUCAAAUUCAUACAGCUUCCUUUAGGAGAUAGGAUAAAAGGGUGAAUUGGUGAAAGGUUUGCUCUGCGUUUUCUAACCUUCUCCCAAGUUGUGACUGAAGGAGAGAGCUCUAGCAUCUACCAGUGAGGUUCAUAAACUAAACUCUCAGGAAUUCAUUGCACCUGUUCUAGAAGUGCUUCUGGGUCUGAGCCUGGCCUCUUCAGAGUGGUAAUACUGCCCAUCUCCUCUGGAAAGUAGGCAGGGCUGGUGAGAGGUUAAUGAAGAUGAUUAACUCUGCAGCCCUUCAGCCUACAGAAUGCUUUAAAAAAGAAAAAAAGAAAAAAAAAAAGCUAAUAGAAAACCCCAGGAGACAUUUUUGGUAGGAAUUUUGUUUGACUUUUAAAUGCAUAGAACAUUAAAAACCAGCAGUUUAUUUUCUAAAAUAUUGCUCUACUUUUGAGAAUAAUAACAUUGGUAAUAUGCACAGGUUUACCUCAUUCUAUGCAAGAGGGAUUAAUAACAUAAGGUUUUGUAGUAGCUACUGGAAGUAAAAUGUGUUACUUUUUAAUGUAAAAAUGUACGGAAUCGCAUGUCACCAUUUCUUAAUACUGACUCUGGGGGCUAAAUGCAAAUCACAUCAAUGCAAGUUGAUUCUCUUGUCAAAUAUAUGUGAAUUCAGCUGUAAGAUUACUGGAUAUUUAUCUUAAACAACAUUGCUGAGAGGGACCUACUGUAAAUGUGGCAUCCUCACACUUCCCAACUCUUUACUUUGAAGGAUCUUCCCAGAAGCUUAAAACCUAGAAGAGGUCCAGCGCAAAGGUCAGAGCAGUCUUCCUUCUCAGGCUCUGCAGAUUAGUCCAGGACUGGGCUGCCAUGCAUGGUACCAACACAAGAAGCCUGUGAUGGGGGUGCUCUCACACCUUGUGUGUAGGAGCUCUC